AUGCCGACCGCUGAGACUCAGGAGUAUCUCUGCGUUGAAGAGGCGACGGACGAAGAGGUUUCUGCCGGGCAGGAGGCUCCCGCCCUGCGGACGGAGCUCCCAUUUUCCCUCCGAGUUGCCUUGCCGGUGGCGGCCUGCCUUGUGAUCUCGGGGCUGGCAGCCAUCACCUUGCUGCCCAACCAGGCUCCGAUGACAGCUAAGCCGAGCAUUGCCAUUCGAAGGUGGGAGGAGGACCUGAAGUCCACGCAGUGUGGCAUGAUGGAGAACAACACCGAAUAUGUGGAGUAUUCGGGCUGGGGGAAGAGCCUGGACCACGUCCCGGGUCCGGAAAUGUGCUGCGCCUUCUGCCAGAUAGCUACUUCUUACCUGUCCGAGCGCCGGCUCAAGGACCCAACCAUCUAA